AUUCCGGAUACGGAUUCCUGCCGGCGCCAUCUUUGAUUCACGUAGUCAGUCGUCUUGUGCGCGGAGCAAACAAUAGAUACGCCAGACGCGACCGGUGUUACGGCAGCAGUUCAUCACUCUCUGUUUUCUCGAAAAAAGAAUACAAAUAACCGCAGUAAGGAAUGCCGCUAUGACAUCAGUCGAUCAGUUCCCCGUAAACGUUGAACCCUCGAGACAACAGACGGCGUGUUGUGUUUACAUCCUGCUGCUUUUAGUCCGUCGAACGGCCUCUCUCGAUUCUCUAUUAUACAAGAUGGUGGAGAGGGUCAUGUGGGGACAGUUAGGAAUUUUGAGUCCCCAGAGGAAGUGGUUGUUGUCUGGGACAAUGGUACAGCAGCGAAUUACAGGUGCUCAGGAGCAUUUGAUCUUCGUGUGCUAGAUUCAGCCACAACCGGAGUGAAACACGAUGGCACAAUGUGUGACACUUGUCGACAACAGCCUAUAUUUGGUAUCCGGUGGAAAUGUGCUGAGUGUGGCAAUUACGACUUGUGUUCUAUUUGUUAUCACGGGGACAAGCACCAUUUGAGGCACAGGUUUUACAGGAUUGCAACUCCAGGAAGCGAGAGAGUCCUGCUGGAGCCCAGGCGCAAGAGUAAAAAGAUUGCCAUUAGAGGGAUCUUCCCAGGGGCCAGAGUAGUCAGAGGUGUUGACUGGCAAUGGGAGGAUCAGGACGGUGGUAAUGGCCGUCGAGGUAAAGUCAAUGAGAUCCAGGACUGGUCAGCGGCCAGUCCUCGUUCAGCUGCUUACGUUAUCUGGGAUAAUGGGGCUAAGAAUCUGUAUCGUGUGGGAUUCGAGGGCAUGGCUGAUUUGAAAGUUGUUAAUGAUGCUAAAGGUCAGACUGUUUAUCGAGAUCAUUUGCCAUUGCUGGGGGAGCAAGGGCCAGGGAGAACUGGCCCUCAUGGACUACAAAUUGGGGAUCAAGUUAAUGUUGACCUGGAACUGGAAAUAGUUCAGUCUCUCCAGCAUGGCCAUGGCAGCUGGACAGAUGGAAUGUUUGAGUGCUUGGGAACAACUGGAAUUGUUGUCAGCAUAGAUGAGGAUCAUGACAUUGUUGUUUCGUACCCAAGUGGCAAUCGUUGGACAUUUAAUCCAGCUGUUCUGUCUAAAGUACAAACCCCAGUGCCUGUCACGACCUCCACAUCUGAUAAUCAAACAUUUGCUGUUGGAGAUCUAGUGCAAAUUUGCAAUGACCUUGAGAAAAUUAAAUUACUACAAAGGGGACAUGGCGAGUGGGCUGAAGCCAUGGCACCCACACUUGGGAAAAUUGGUCGAGUCCAGCAGAUUUAUCACGAUGGAGAUUUGAAAGUUGAAGUAUGCAGUACCUCGUGGACAUAUAAUCCCCAGGCCAUUAUUAAAGUUGCCAGCAGUGAUGGAAGUGUACCCGGGAACAGCAAUGGUGAACGAUUAUCCGCACUGUUGAAGAAACUAUUUGAGACUCACGUAUCUGGAGAUGUUAACGAAGAACUAGUUAAGUCAGCCGCUAAUGGCGAUGCUGCCAAAUGUGAAGAAUGCCUCAAACGUCUUGAUGCUGACGUCAAUGGGGUUUUUGCUGGACAUACAGCAUUGCAAGCAGCCAGUCACAAUGGGCAUCUCGAUGUUAUCAAAAUUCUGCUGCGGUAUAAAGCAGAUGUUGAAAUUGAGGAUAAAGACGGGGAUCGGGCUGUGCAUCAUGCUGCCUUUGGUGAUGAAUCAGGUGUAAUGGCCCUAGUUGCUGCUGCUGGGGCUGAUUUAAAUGCACGAAAUAAACGACGCCAGACAGCACUUCACAUUGCUGUAAAUAGAGGUCAUGCAGGCGUUGUUCGCACAUUAUUGGAACUUGGCUGCCAUCCGAGUCUUCAGGACGCCGAGGGAGAUACUCCUCUGCACGACGCUACCUCCAAGAAACGAGAUGAUAUGUUGGCGUUAUUAUUGGAUUAUGCUGCGGAUAUAACCCGGACUAAUAACACUGGUUUCAACGCUCUCCAUCACGCUGCACUCCGCGGAAAUCCAAGCGCAAUGAGAAUUUUACUCACCAAACUUCCACGUCCAUGGAUCGUAGACGAGAAGAAGGACGAUGGUUACACGGCUCUUCAUCUAGCAGCUCUCAACAAUCACGUUGAAGUUGCUGAGUUACUGGCUAGAGUUGGCAAAGCCGACCUGGAUCUACAGAAUGUCAAUUUGCAGACUGCACUUCAUCUUGCUGUUGAACGUCAGCAUACACAGAUUGUUCGAUUACUGGUACGUGAGGGUGCAAACGUUAAUGUCGCUGAUAAGGACGGUGACACACCAUUACACGAGGCGCUGCGUCAUCAUACACUGUCACAGCUGAGACAGUUGCAGGACGUACAAGACGUGGGACGACUGUUAAUGGGUCUCGGUGCUCAGGGUCAGGAUAAGAAAAGCAGUUCAUUUAUUGCAUGUUUCUUGGCAGCUCACGGUGCUGACUUGGAGUUGAAGAAUAAGAAGGGACAGACACCCCUUGAUCUGUGUCCAGAUCCUAAUCUAUGUAAAACAUUGACCAAUUGCCAUAAGAAUAAGGAGUCGCAUGACAUUGAGCCAGCAACACCAUCAGCUGCUAUCGACGAGUGCCUUGUGUGCUCCGAUGGAAAGAGAGAUAUGCUGUUCAAUCCCUGUGGUCAUGUCUCGUGCUGCAAUGCAUGUGCACCGAGGGUCAAGAAGUGCUUAAUAUGCAGGGAAAAUGUUGCCUCAAGGAUUAAGAUUGAGGAGUGCGUGGUCUGCUCAGAUCGUAAAGCUGGAGUACUAUUCCGUCCAUGCGGUCAUAUGUGUGCCUGUGAGAGUUGCGCAACAUUGAUGAAGAAGUGUGUACAGUGCCGUGUACAGAUACAGCACAUGGUACCACUGUCCGUCUGUUGCGGUGGAGGAGGCACUAUUUCGGAAGUUAAAGCUGAUGUUGAAGAGGAUGUUGCACCACUGAAUAAUAGUGGUGGUGAGACUGUAUUAAUGAAUAAUGGGAGUAGGGAUACUUCGCACAGUGAUAUCCAGAAAUUGCAGCAGCAGUUGCAAGAUAUUAAAGAACAGACUAUGUGUCCGGUGUGCCUGGAUCGCCUGAAGAACAUGAUCUUCUUAUGCGGCCACGGUACCUGCCAAAUGUGCGGUGAUCGCAUGUCCGAGUGCCCGAUAUGUCGCAAGGCAGUCGACAAACGAAUUCUCCUUUACUAAAAACCCCAAAAGAAAAGACUGUAAACGUAACAGUUAAAUCACUUGCUGAAUCGCGCAUCGUCACGCACAGCUGUUAAUUCCUCUAGUAUUUAAUUAAUAAGGAGGCGGUGUGUCAACAUUUGAUAAACACUGAUCACAAUCAGUUAAAUCGUUAGAUUCACAUAAUUUUUCUAAGCAACUUUGUUUUCUAUAGAAAUUGUUUUUCUAAAAAAAAACUAUCACUUCCACGAUUAUUUAUUGUUAAUCGAAUGUUCGUAAAGUCUGAUUCAAAAAUUACUCUUCCACUAUCGCAUGAAUGUUUUUGCCUCUGAAAGGAAGUGUUAUCGUUGAAAUUUGAUUUUUGUAUUUUCUGUGUUAUAUCGACCCAUUAUGAUACCAAAAGUCCGAGAAUGCAUUUUUCAGACGUAUAUUCGUAUCAAUGUAUGAGUUUAUAUAGGAAACGUUUUUCUUUCAAUUCCUCGUUAAUGAAUAGAUGCAAUCGAAUUAUUAUUUACUCUAAUUUCGCUUAGACAUGACUCAAUGCGAUAUCGGACGUCGAGUGAUUAUAAACGAUCCUAAAAUGAUGAAUGAUUCCAAUUGAUUACGUAUUUAAUGAGCUAGAGCGCUUGUCAACAACAGUUCUUGCAAAUAUCUCCUAAAUUUCUUGAAUUCCUUUUUCUCUUCAAAAUAUUCCGAGUGAGGACAUUUAUUUUCUUUUCGCUGCUGUAGAAAUUGUAGUUUUAUUUACAUUUUUCAUUUUCCUGAUGGAAUCACUUGUAACUGCGAUAGCUUGGAAAACAAUCAAGAUAGAAAUACCAAAAAUAAUCCCUCUUUCAAAGUCGAAAAUCUUGACUCAAUCAUUCACGCAUGUCAGCAGCUCCUCAUUAACAAAUGAUUAGAUGUCCAUUUUGGUGGACGGACAGAAGUACGCAACAACAACACUAGAUUUUUGUAUCAUCAUUACUUGGUCUAUCAUGUCACACAUAGAUCUUAUAUUUUCUCGAAGUCUAUAACUCCAUGUGUAGAUAUAUUUAUUCAUUGAAAAAUUCUAGAGGUCUCCAUGUGUUCAUAAUUGCGUGUCAAGCUGGCACAUAUAAAUGUGACUGCUGUCAUCGAAUAUAAGGACAAAUGUAUAUGGUAGUAACAUAUUUAUUCGUCACUGAAAUUGUACGAUUUUUUUCAUCGAUUUACGAUUUGUGAGAUUUAAUAUGACUACGUAGAUGGGGAAAUAUGUCUCGUAAAUCUCAAGAUGUGUAAAAUUGACGAUUUCAUAAAUACGGAAUUUAUCUGUGUGGGAAAUGUGUACUUUGUGCCUGCCUGGACAAAAAAGAUAUUGUUUUCGAAUCAGCAAGCAGUAAUCAUGAUACAGAUUCAUUCAAAAGUUAAUUAUCAAUUAAAUGAAUAGAAAUGAGUAAAUGAGCGAGGGCAGUAACAUUAAAAAAAAAUGGUCAGACAGCUUCUACCAAAAAAACACAAAAUUCUGCUUGUUUUUCUCAAACAUAAGUAUAGGUACUUCUACGCCCUAUUCAUUACUGUUAAUUAAAUUUUAAUGGAAUGAUCAAUGUUUUGAAUUUUCCUAUUUUUUCUAAACUCGAUUGUAACAAAAAGUAUUCUAAUUCCAUUGAAUUAGAAUGGUGGCAUAAAAAAAUAGUUUAGGCGUUCUGACCGAAUUCGAUGAGUGAGUAGAUAACAAUAAUCAUUUUUUCACUUUAUUUGUAAACCCGGUAUAAUUAUAUAUUUUUUGAACUUCAGAAAUCCGGGAAUAUAUCUGAUUAUUUUUCCCACCCAAAUUUCAGCCAAUAGAAUUGCACCAUUUGUUGAUAUUUUGUAUAGCCUACCUCGAAUAUCAGCGAUAAUUUUUUGAAUAUUUUGGUAAACAAACGACACUUAACCAAAUAAACCCCUUUUCAUGUCAUGGCACAAUUCUCUUGGCCGAAAUUUGGAUAGGAAAAAUAAUCCCCUGAAUACCACUCGAGCUUCAAAAUUAUAGAAUAUUUCCCUCUAGGUUCCCUGCAUACAAAUGAAGUCGUCAAGUUUUUCAGGAAAAAUCACUCGUGCUUCGCACUCGUGAUUUUUUAGCCUGAAAAACUUGACUCCUUCAUUUGUUUGCAACGAAUCUAUCGGGAAAUAUUCGAUAAUUUUGAACCACUUGUGGUAUUAUAUGUGAAAAUCAUGUAUUUAGAAGGAUAAUUAUGGUGACUACAUUGAUUGAUUUGUUUUUUAUAACGAUUGUUGCGAAUUUAGAAUUGUUCAUGAACUUCAUGAAAUUUCAAUGAGCUUUCUCAGAAUUUCUUCGAAGUACUAUUUUAGAUUUAUUCACGUAUGUAUGGAUUUACUACUUCCUAUUGACGUUUUAUCGAAGGGUUGAGGGGAAUAAUAGAACAGUAAGAACGAAAAUCGGUUGUGUAGAUUAACGCAAUAAUAGUAAAAAAAAUAAGGGCGAAAACCUACAAUGAAAUUUAAGAUCCGAUAAUUAGUUAUAGAUGAUAGAAGUAAAUGCUGUGCAAAAAGAUCGAUCGGAGGCAUAUUACUAAUUUAAUUUUUGCAAUAGAAGAGUAAUUUCCCACUCGUUUGUUAUUUUAUUAAUUAGUAAAGACUGCAUUCCAGCAGCAUUAAUGACGAUUCAAAAAAUGAUAUAUACCAGAAAUGAACAUUGCAGAUGACAUUUAUACAAUGUUUGUUGUAGAACGGCGGAUUACACGGUAUCUAAAUCGAAUUUACAUACCUUAAAUUCCAGAAAUAAUGUGGCAAUCUAGAUUAGUAAUUAACCCAGUAAGAUUAUCCCUGUUAUCAGCGUACUGGAUGUUCCCAACCCCAACUUAUUAAGAAAUAAUAAAAAAUCUAUUAAUUCUCA